UGAAAACUUUUCACUCACAUCGGCUCUUCGGCUGAAGGGCUCGGGCAUUCGUGGACCGAAGGCGGCUGGGCUGUCGUUGUCGUCGAUGUCCCUUUUCCGUUCUCCUUGUUCCCGUGGAGGAUCCGCAGUUGGCUUUUGACUUCGGUUCGGUUUGGACGUGCUUUUUUCGGCUGCGGCGCUUCCGCCAGCAGCAGUUGUUUUGACAUUGCCGUGGGAAAUCGUUGAAGGCGGCCCCGCCAUCCCGCCAUCCCGCAAUCCCGCUCCUUUUCGUCCUGCUUGCAAUUACGGCGUAGCGUAAUUCGAGAGGUGUAAACACUCAAUUUAGCACUGCAGUCGGGGCACCUGAAGUCGCGAGUGCAGCUCGAUAAUCUGAAGGUUUCCGCCGUGAGCGACGUUUUAAUUAUUUAGACUGCCACAGAUUUAUGCUGGGGAGAUAGAUUCCACUUGAAGGAGUAUAGACACUCGAAUCUCCGCCAGCGAAAGCGUGCCCCGUUCUGAUAUGCGUGACAACAAAAAACCAUUACCCCCAAAUGUCAGAGCUGCAAUGAAUUUCUGAUGUAUUAGCCCGAAUUGAGGCCUUUAAAGUCGCUCGACUGAUGGCAGCGUCUCCUUCGCCAGUUGUUCCGGUUCUCAACACCUGUCAGAGUCAAGGCCCUCGAAUUGGGCAUGGGAAUUCGGUAAGGGAAGUCGGUUUGGAGACGACCAUGGAACCACCCACCAAAUUAGAGGUUGAGCGCCUUACAUAACGAGAUUGGGAACGAUUUAGUAGCCACAAGUGCCUUGAGAGUGCCUGCAGACCUUGAAUCCUGACCAAGAAGUGCCUUGGGAGCCAGUCCCGAUUAGAGAAGCCCUCAAAUGUCGGGCAACUACCAGCGCCAGAGCCUGGAGCUCCGGAGUCCGGACCACGGAUCCGUGGACGAUCCCGAUGGACGUCUGCGGAACCUUUCGGGGUCCUCGGCCAGCCAGCGACGGCGGCAGCAACGCGUGGCCCAGCAGAGGCAGGACUCGUGGUUCCGGCACUCUAUGCCGCCGGCCAUUAACAGGGACUUCGAGUCCCUGGAGCACCUGACCCCGCGGGCGUCGGACGGCCUGGAUGAGCAGCUGGCCGCCUCCGUGUCGCAUAGUGUCCACAGCGGCGGCAGCGUUACGCUGUGCGGACCCACGGAUCACUCCAGCAUCCACCUGAACAGUGCCAAUAGCAACCUCGGCUUCAUCGACUCGGACACGCCCAACACACCCGUGACCCCGGUCUCUGGUCUGCAGCCUCCUGCCUCGGUUUCCACCUCCGUGGCUGGGACCCUGUCCUCCCGUCGACGGUCGUCCAACCGCAAGGACUCCAAGGGCUCCAUCUUAUCACGCCAGAGCGGCAGGAGCCGGGUUUCCGUCCUGGCACAACGGGGCCUGCGAAUGACCGCCUCAUUUCUGCGAAGGAAGCGAACGGAGUACGAAGAUGAUGAGGACUUCACCUCGUCCGCUGGGUACGAUGCGGAUGAUGGGGAGAGGCGUGUCAUAAACCUAAAUGGGCCACAGCCCACUAAGUACUGUAAUAAUCGCAUAACGACGGCAAAGUAUAGUUUCAUCAGCUUUUUGCCCGCGUUCCUGUUCGAGCAGUUUCGGCGGUACUCCAACUGCUUUUUCCUGCUGAUUGCCAUACUGCAACAAAUCCCGGAUGUGUCGCCCACGGGGCGGUACACCACGCUAGUGCCACUGAUGUUCAUCCUCUCGGUGAGCGCCAUCAAGGAGAUAAUCGAGGAUAUCAAACGACAUCGGGCUGACAAUGAGAUCAAUCACCGAUUGAUCGAGCGCCUGGACAGUGGCGCCUGGCACACAGUCCGUUGGUCGGAGCUGACGGUGGGCGACAUCAUAAAAGUGGGGAUCAACACCUUCUUCCCCGCCGAUCUGAUUCUGCUCUCGUCCAGUGAACCGCAGGCCAUGUGCUUCAUAGAGACGGCCAACCUGGACGGCGAGACGAACCUGAAGAUCCGGCAGGCACUGCCGGCCACCGCUGAGCUGCUGGAGACCAAGGAUCUGCAGCGACUCGAGGGCAGGAUCGAGUGCGAGCUGCCCAACCGGCAUUUGUACGAGUUCAACGGCGUGCUCAAGGAGACCGGCAAGCAACCCGCUGCUUUGGGCAAUGAUCAGGUGCUGCAGCGCGGGGCCAUCCUGCGGAACACGGCGUGGGUGUUCGGGAUCGUGGUGUACUCCGGCCAGGAGACGAAGCUGAUGAAGAACUCCACCUCGGCGCCACUGAAACGCUCCACCGUAGACAAGCUGACCAACACCCAGAUCCUCAUGCUGUUCAUGAUCCUCAUCUCCCUGUGCAUCAUCAGCGGCCUGUGCAACCUCUUCUGGACGCGGGAGCACUCGGAGACCGACUGGUACCUGGGGCUCACCGACUUCAAGACCCGGAGCCUCGGCUACAACCUACUGACCUUCUUCAUCCUGUACAACAACCUGAUCCCCAUCUCGCUGCAGGUGACCCUUGAGCUGGUGCGCUUCCUGCAGGCCAUCUUCAUCAACUACGACAUCGAGAUGUACCACGAGCAGUCCAACACGCCGGCCAUGGCCCGCACCUCGAACCUGAACGAGGAGCUGGGCAUGGUGAAGUACAUUUUCUCGGACAAGACGGGCACCCUCACGCAGAACGUGAUGGAGUUCAAGAAGUGCUCCAUCGCCGGGUACGUCUACACGCCCGAGCGCACGCCGGAGGAGUCGCAGCUGGUGCAGAACAUCCUCAGUCGCCAUCAGACGGCCGCCGUGAUCGAGGAGUUCUUGGUGCUGCUGUCCGUGUGCCAUACGGUGAUCCCCGAGCGCAAGGAGGACGGCACCAUGAUCUACCACGCCGCCAGUCCGGAUGAGCGGGCUCUGGUGGAGGGGGCCCAGAGAUUUGGAUACAUCUUCGACACGCGCACCCCGAAGUACGUGGAGAUAAAUGCGCUGGGCGAGCGGAAGCGGUACGAGGUGCUGAAUGUCCUGGAGUUCACCUCGACGCGCAAGCGCAUGUCGUUGAUUGUCCGCACGCCGGACAACAAGAUCAAGCUCUUCUGCAAGGGAGCGGACUCGGUGAUCUACGAGCGGUUGGCUCCGCAGGGUCAGGCCUUCAGGGAAGAGACGCUGCGUCAUCUGGAGGAGUUCGCCUCGGAUGGUUUGAGGACCCUCUGCCUGGCGGUGGCCGACAUCCGGCCGGAUGUGUACCAAGAGUGGAGUCAGACCUUCGACAAGGCCUCGGUGGCUCUGCAGAAUCGAGAGAGCAAGUUGGAGGAUGCGGCCAACCUGAUUGAGAAUAAUCUGCGCCUGCUGGGCGCCACGGCGAUUGAGGAUCGUCUGCAGGAUGGUGUGCCGGAAACAAUUGCUGCUCUCCUGGACGCAGGCAUCUACAUUUGGGUGCUCACCGGCGACAAGCAGGAGACGGCCAUCAACAUCGGCUACUCCUGCCGCCUGAUCAGCCACUCCAUGGACAUCAUUAUCCUCAACGAGGAGAGCCUCGAUGCCACCCGCGAUGUUAUUCAUCGGCAUUAUGGAGAGUUCAAGAGUUCUUCGGCGAAGGACGCGAACGUGGCACUGGUCAUCGAUGGCACCACCCUGAAGUACGCCCUUAGCUGCGACCUGCGCAACGAUUUCCAAGAUCUGUGCCUCCUGUGCCGCGUAGUCAUCUGCUGUCGGGUUUCACCGAUUCAGAAGGCGGAGGUAGUCGAGAUGGUCACCCAGAGUACGAACGCAGUGACCCUGGCCAUUGGCGAUGGAGCCAACGACGUGGCCAUGAUCCAGAAGGCGAACGUGGGCAUCGGUAUAUCUGGAGUGGAAGGUCUGCAGGCGGCCUGCGCCUCGGACUACUCGAUCGCCCAGUUCCGGUAUCUGCAGCGCCUGCUGCUGGUCCAUGGGGCUUGGAACUACGCUAGGAUUUCCAAGCUGAUCCUGUACAGCUUCUACAAGAACGUGUGUCUGUACGUGAUCGAGUUGUGGUUCGCUCUCUACUCCGGCUGGUCGGGUCAGAUCCUGUUCGAGCGCUGGACCAUAGGCCUCUACAACGUGGUCUUCACGGCCAUGCCGCCGUUCGCGAUGGGACUAUUCGAGAAGUUCUGCACGGCGGAGACGAUGCUCCGGUACCCGAUGCUCUACAAAACGUCGCAGAACGCGAAGCUCUUCAAUGUGAAGGUCUUCUGGAUAUGGAUAUUCAAUGCCCUGCUCCACUCGGUGUUCCUCUUCUGGCUGCCGUUGGCGGCCUACACGGGAGAGGCCAUCUGGGGCGAUGGCAAGACCAGUGAUUACCUGAUGAUGGGCAACCUAGUCUACACGUACGUGAUUGUCACAGUUUGUCUGAAGGCCGGACUCAUAACGAACUCGUGGACCUGGCUGACCCACCUGGCCAUCUGGGGCUCAAUAGUCCUGUGGUUCAGUUUCCUGCUGAUCUACAGCCACGUGUGGCCGACGUUCAAGUUUGCCAGCAACUUCCGCGGCAUGGACAUCCAGUUGCUCUCGACGCCAGUUUUCUACUUCUGCCUAAUGCUGGUGCCCAUAACCACGCUGCUGAUCGACGUAAUAUGCAAACUGGUGCACAACACCGUGUUCAAGACACUCACAGAGGCUGUUCGCGAGACGGAGAUCCGACGCAGCGACAUCUCCGAAGUGAUGAACGAGCCGCGAUCUUCAUUCACGGAAACGGCCCGGCUGCUACGUAAUGUCUUUACCCGUCGUGCCAACACGAGAGUCGAAACGGAUCUCGAGCUAUCGCAUGGCUAUGCAUUUUCCCAGGAGGAGGGCGGAGCUGUGCCGCAGUCUAUCAUUAUACGUGCUUAUGAUACGAAUCUGCCAAAGCCCGAGGGAAACUAAACCGGGAAUGCUGGGACUACGGAUCUCACGGUGCACAUGUAUAUAGGAAUCCGAGAGGAGCAACGUCAACACUUAGAUUUCACCUGGUAUCUAGAUUUAUCAGAUCAGAGCACUCUUCUGGUAGGCCAAACACACUCGUCACAUUUAUUCUCUAUGUGUCUUACACUUGCAGUAACCGGAAAACAUUUCGUAGUAGCCACACAACAUUGAUUAUUGCGCAUAUAAGUUAUCUGUCUUUGCUGUUAUUUAUUUUGUAAGAUCGCGAAAAACAUGUUUAAGAGGCUAAAGUUCGGUCUUUCGUAUCUGUCCUUGUCCUUGGCGCUGCUUUGUGAUACGGAUACAGACUUGCAUUCUUUUUUAAAAGUCUAUCUAUAAGUAAACUGUAAACAUUUGUACCUACAAUAUGCAUUACAUUAUUGUGAAUUUCAAAAACAUAUUGAUGUCGGCAAAGAUUCUGUAUUUUUCGGUCACUAAACCGCUGAUAUUAAAAGGAAAUAAAUCAUAUUUCUCGUACGUGAA